AAACAUCCAUUUUGAAAAACGGCGGUUUUUCGUUUCUCUGCUGGAGCGCUGUGCUGUGCUGUGCUGUGUGGCAAAAAUGUUUUAAUUUCGUUAAUUUUUUGUUGAAUUUUAUUGUUAAAAGUACAAAUUGGUGCCCGAGUGAUUCUUUUAGUGAUAAUCGACAAAUUGGCGGUGCAAAAUCCUUGCGAACAAUGGCAAACCCGUCGGCAGAUUCAGUGAAAGUGGCGCUACGCAUUCGACCGUUAAACAAACGGGAACGGGACCGCGGCUGUCGGAUUGUCGUAGAGCAGCCCACUUGCCGGGAGCCGCAAGUUGUGAUCGGAAACGGGAUCAGCGGUAAGCCGGAGGCGUUCACGUUCAACUACGUGUUUGCACCGGAAGACUCGCAGGAGCAGCUGUAUGAGAGUUCCGUGCGGCCGUUGCUGGACAAACUGUCGGCGGGGUACAAUGUGACGAUUCUGGCGUACGGCCAGACGGGUUCUGGUAAGACGUACACGAUGGGGACGAACUACGACGGGGAGGAGGACGAAACGAUGGGGGUGAUUCCGAGGGCGAUCAACGACAUUUUCGAACAGAUCAAGGAUAUGGACACCGAGUCGGAAGUGACGAUCAAUUGUUCCUUCAUGGAACUGUACCAGGAAAAUUUGUACGAUUUGCUGUCGAACAAGAUAACCCGAGAGGAACGGGUGGUGGACAUAAGGGAAGCGAACAAUCAGAUUGUGAUUCCGGGGUUGACAGAGGUUCCGAUUCGAACGGCCGAUGAAACAUUUGAAGCGUUGAUGCGUGGGUCACAGGAGCGAGCGGUUGCUUCCACGGCCAUGAAUGCAGUGUCGAGUAGGAGUCACGCGAUUUUUACGUUGAAUUUGACGAAUCGUAGCAAAGGAGACAAGCCGGUGGUUACGACGAGCAAGUUCCAUCUGGUGGAUUUGGCCGGCUCGGAGCGGCCCAAGAAAACGCAGGCUACUGGAGAGCGAUUCAAGGAAGGCGUGAAGAUCAAUCAGGGUCUCCUGGUGCUGGGUAAUGUGAUUUCGGCGCUGGGUUCCUCCGGAGGUCCACUGGGGCAUGUUCCGUACAGAGAAUCGAAACUGACGCGAUUGUUGCAAGAUUCUCUCGGGGGCAACUCGCUGACGCUGAUGGUGGCUUGCGUUUCGCCGGCGGAUUAUAACUGCGAGGAAACGAUCAACACGCUAAGGUAUGCGAACCGGGCGAAGAAUAUUAAGAAUAAAGCCGUGGUCAAUCAAGAUCCGAACCAGGCGGAGAUACGCCGAUUGAAUGCGAUCAUUCAGGAGCUGCGACUGGAACUGUUGGCCUUUAGUGCCGGGGGAAAGGAGAAUGUGCCAGGUGCAGCCAACCGACCCUCGACUGCUCCGGGAAACAAGUCUGGAAUUGUUCGGUCAACCAGUGAGCACCAAUUAGCAAAUGGCUUCAUUCCAACUGCUGAAGCUAUUCGGCAAGAGAAAAAAAUGAUGGAAAAAAUUCAAACUUUACAGCAACAGUUGCAAUCUGCGCUGCAGGAUAUGGCUAACGAUCAGCUACGAACACUCAAUGCAGAGAAGAUCGUGGAAGAGAUCGAAGCCCUCCUAGCCCAAAGCCCCGAAUCCGAAUUAAAGCAGGGAAUUCAAGCCAUCCUGAAUGGGUACAAAGAAGAGACGGCAUCCAUUCGAACGGAAUCGCAGGUUUCCGACACACUUCUGCACUCGGCCACCGAAGAAUUCCAGAGUCGCUCUGAUAAUCACACUCAAAAGCAGAUGAAGAUCCGGGAUGAGCUGAGGCAGCUGAACCGUGAGUUAGAACUCAAGGAGGAGCUCCACCGGAAAUGUUUGGGAAAUAUUUCCAAUUUAACUUUUACCGUUGACGACAGCACCAGCAGCAAUGACAAGCUCGAAGAGUACGAAGAUAAAAUAAAGGAAUUGGAGAAGCAGAUCGAGGAACUUAACGAUCAGCUAAAUACGACAAAGGUGUUCGAUAAAAAGAGCAAACUGGCCGAGGAGCGACGCAAAAAGGUGCAACAGUUAGAAUCUGAGCUGGCAGAACUCAGAAAGAAGAGCAUCCAGCAAGCCAAGAUGUUGCAAUUAAAAGAGAAGGACACUCAGAGAGUUCAGAAUUUGAGCAAAGAAAUCCAAGCCAUGAAGGCGACUCGCGUCAAACUGGUCAAAUCGAUGCGAACGGAAAGCGAAAACUUCCGCUUGUGGAAGAUAAAUCGCGAGAAGGAAAUCUGCCAACUGCGAGAAAAGGAUCGAAAGCUCAAGAACGAAAUGGUUCGCUUGCAGACUGUACAUGACAAGCAGCAGAAUGUACUGAAACGGAAGGUCGAAGAGGCGGUCGCUGUCAAUAAACGUCUGAAGGAAGCGCUGGAACGCCAAAAGAAUGUUCAAGCUAUGCGAGCGGCACGCGCCGUAGGUAAACCAGUCAGAGGUGCAGAUUUGUCCUCUUGGGUAGACCAUGAGCUUGAGCUGAUCCGUUCCGUUACGGAUGCAUCGAUCACGCUGAAACUUCUGAUGGAUGAUCGUGCUUUGCUCAACACCAAACUCAUGGAGAUGAAGAAAAACACUGAAGAACACAGUGAGAACGAAAUUAAGCAACAAGAACAUGAUCUUGAGCUCCGCAAUGCGCAGAUCGCCGAUCUCCAACAAAAGAUCCUUUCUACAGACGUCGAUUCCAAACAGAAAGCCAUCCUCGAGGGCAUUCCCACCCUUCCAGAAGCGAAGCAAGUGCUAAAAAAACUGCUCACAGUGUUCACCGAGACCCAGGAAGAGUCAGCGAAGACUCGGCAUCAGCUCGUGGAUACUCGCCUUUCCGUCGAAUGCUUGGAGGAAAACGUUCGUCAGCUGACGUCCGAACUCGCCGAAACAAAGCAACGCUUCACCGAUGAAACCAACGAGCUUGCCAAAAUGUACGAAGAAAAGCUUUCAAUGCUGCUGCUGUCGAAGCAGAAGUACGCCCGUCAAUCCCGGGAGAUGACCAACACGUGCGACUCGAUUCUGCAGGAGGCCAGCGACCGGAUGGAGAAGAUGCGACAGGAACUGGACUCGGUCAAGGAAGCGAACCGCUUGCUGAACAAACAGCUCGAGGAAGCCAAGAACAGCCGAAUGACACGGCGAAUGCGGAACAGUGCCAAAUCGGUGGCCGCCGUCGUCGAGGAUGACUUCGAGGAGGAAGAAGAGGAACCGGAAACGAACUACUCGGACCAGGAGGACGAUCCGGACUUCAGGGCCACCCCACGGUGGAAACAGAAAAGGGCCGGCAAGGGCAUUCGGGAAUCGGUGAUGAAGAAGGGGGCCACGACGAAGAAACGUCAAACGACAGUAGGCGAAACGGAUGCUGCAGCUACCGUUGGUGGGGAUUCGAAAGAUUCUUCAAACAGCAGCAGCAACCAGCCGCAUUGCAGCUGUGGCUCAAACUGUUCGACCAAACGUUGCAGCUGCAAGAAGCUGGGCGAAUUUUGUGGUGAUCAUUGCAAGUGCCCAGCGGGUUGCGUGAACAAGAAAUUGGAUGAGGCACUGCUGGAGGAUGUCGAACGGCAGAUGGAGGAGGGGACGGCCGGUACUGCGGACGAGGAGGAUAAGGAAAAUGAGGUGGCACAGAAUGGCGCCCGGGACCGAACGCUGGAUAAGCGCAAAUCGCAGGACGAUAGCAGUGACGGCAGUGUGGAGAACUCCACCCCCAAGAGGAUCAAGAACGACAUUCUGACGCCGACCUACGUGUACUCGGUGAAGAAGAGGAAGCCCCUGUUAGAUGAUAUUUGAUUGGGAAGGAUCCGCGCGGUACAUGAGUGAACAAGACUUGAUUCGUUUUUAUUGUGCGCCUUGUGCAUGUAAUUGUUAAGCUUUGAAUUCCUAAUAUUAUUGGCUCAAGAAUUCUUCAACGAUAUCAUUUUUGUAUGUAUUUCCAAAUUAAAAUUACGCGAAUUAUUUUAAA